AUGCUGUCGGAAGGCACGUUGAUACUGUAUGUUAUCGAAAUGUUGGUGAAUACCUUCGGUUUGAUGGUUAGUAUAUUGUUCUUGUAUGUUUUGACAAAGACAAAGUUGUUUUUGAUUAAUCAAAAACUAUAUUUGGCCAAUAUUAUCAUUGCUAACAUUGUCACUAUUAUCAGUAGGUAAGACUUUUUGUGAAUCAUUUUUAAAAGCCAUUUUUAGUUAUUAAGACUAGGUUUUAAAUCAUUUUUUUAAAGUACGGUAUUAUAAAACUUCUGUAUAAUGAACCGCUUGAGAAAUUAAAGUCUUUUUCAUUAUAAAAGAAUCUUACUGUACUAAAUAAUUUGAAUUUCUUUUCAGUUAAUUGAAAGUGUUUUAGGUACCCAAUAGUGAUCCAAUUACUAUUUGAAAAAACUCUCUAUGGUACGUACUUCAACACUAAAAUAAAUGAGAUUCAUGACUUGGCUGGAAGUGUCAUUGUGAACAUGAUUGGUCAGCUUGUCAUCUUUUUAGACGUUACUCUAGUCGUAUUUGGCAAAGCCGACUUUAGUACUAUCACAUCUGUUUGCUUUUGUCUUUUACAGGUAAGUAAAGUUCCUCUGUCUAAAACAGAGGUACUCGUGACUCGAUUAGUUCUCGUUUUAAACCUAAUUUUGAAAAUUGAAAAGUUUUGAUUUUCAAAGUUAAAAGUAUAUGUUAAAGAUAAGUUAAUGUUGCAGUGGAUUCUUGGCGAACUGAAUAUCUACUUAGGAGCUCUAAACAUUCCCCCACCUUUGUACUCUCAAGCACUGAUGGAAUGCAUCAACUUUAUCUGUUGGAUGGCAUUUGCUGGCCUGAUUUACAUGGGUCGACUGAAAUAUCGACAGCAAACCGUUGGUGAUGUCAAACACAAAUACAAGGUAAGAUAUAAUAUAUUGUGAUUAGGUAAUACACAUAGAUCUGGUAUGCUUUUCCGUUGAGAGUAGCAUUGCAAAAACUAAAAUUUAAAAAUGAUAGUAAAAAAGUACCGUAAUGUAGUUUACAAAAUAAUAAUCACAAGCUGUAAAAUGUACGUAUAAUAUACAUGUUUAGAUCAGCAUAUCGCUUCGUACUCUAGCAGUGCUCAAGGUAAUGGCUAUUUGUAGCGCCAUUCGCAACUUUAUCUGUAUAAAUGUGAUAAUAUUGUUGUAUGCAUGGAUAAGACCAAAGUAAGUUGAACCUAUAAUUUCUUGUGCUAAUUGAAAACAUAUGCAACAUGUUCUGCACUUUUAAACCACAGUAAUUUUAAAAAAUAUUGUAAAAAAAUAUUUUUUUGGCAAUUUACAAUAGUAAAAUAUUGAAGUAAAACAAAUAAUAAAGACGAUUUACAGUAAAGACGUGGAUGGUGAACGUAUUGUGUCCUUCUUCUACGAUUUAACACUGUCAUUUUAUGCCGCCGCUGUCCCAUUUUUAAUGGUACUCAAUCAUGAGGAAAUGCACAAAACCUAUAUGUAAGUUGAUAUAAUAGUCGCUCCGCUAAGCCAAGGAUAUUAAGAUUCGUGUUUUAACCACUAAAAUGUUAUUCUAUCAGUUUUGGCCUAAAACAGUAUUGUUUUCAUUUUAAUUGUAACAAUUUAAGUAUUUUUUCCCACUUAAAACACUAUUCAUGUUUCAGUAAGCUAUGCAACCCAGCAGCAAGAACCGAAAUAUCUUUAAAAAACUCGACCUCUUUAAAUGAGACAAAGUUUAUGGCACGGAACGUAGUAGGCGAUGUGAUAACGCCAGUAGCGCCAGAUGAAGGUCAAUUCUACUUCCAACAACUUCGAGCCGACUGGAAUAUCCGCAGGCUGUCAGUUCAACACGCUUCACCAGCCAAGAAUCCCAUGUUUCAAAAAGUUCAUUCUAUUCAUUAGGAUUUUGAAUAAACUGUUACCUAAACUUGUAAGAUAGAAGCCAAGAUUUCAGACCCUAAACUGCGCAAAUCAUAGUUGUUACCUGAAAUUUCAAAAUAAAGAUUCGGAACAAGUUGGGCAGGACAACCAACGCUUUCUUUUGAUUCGUCUUCACCUUUUAGUGCCCUCAAACAGGAGAACUGUGUUGUGCUUGAUGUUGAAGACGUCUUCUUGAAGGAUAAACUUCUGGAAUUGAACAUCAAUGCACGCCACCCCAAGUCGACCGAUCAACUGGCAUAG